AUGGAACUUGAUUAUCUCCAGGAGCCUUCCAAAACUCAAGAGUCGACUCUUGGACCAUCACAACAAACCCCAUACCAUGGGUUAUUCUUUGAAGGGACUCAGCCUCCGGAAACUCAAAUUCAGCCCCUAGAAGCACUAUCUCCUCCAGACCCUGACGACGAAGCGUACAAAAGCCCGCGAACUGUCCGAACCAUUGUGCGACGGGGUCCGGUGAAGCGAUCCAAGAAGGCUGCAGCUACAAGUGCCUCCAACGACAACGGCUCCCUCCUCAUCUCUUUGGAGUACUGCUUCUGGGUCAAUAACUACAACCCGCAAAUCCCCGAGAAGCAACGUGCUGCCUCAAACUGCAAGAAUGAUUGGGGCAAGAUUGCAUCGAAUAAGGAAGCGCUGCCAACAUUGAAGACUAAUCUCCUGGAACAAAAAUGGGAGGAGCUUCAGGAACAGGUUCUGGGACUUAUUGGUCGAGACAAGAAAAAUCUGGCUAUUUACGUGCAGCAAGUCAAGGCCGGUUUAAAAUGGCUUCUUUAUAUUUCUGGUAGCCACACCUUCCCUUUCAGGCGCCAUUACUACUGUUCGUUGGAUGAAGAACUCCAAUGUUUUGCUGAGGAGGUCGCUCGAAAGCCUUUGCAGAGGGUUUUCAUACGAGUCGAAAUGGACGACCCGACAGCCAAGGAGAAGUUGGAUUUGGCCAAGCAGAAGUCGGCAAAGGAGGCACAGAAGGCAGCAAAUAUCCUAGCCAUAGCCGUGGGAUCUGAAGCAGAGCGCCUCCCACUACAACGAGAGGAAGCUCGGCAAAAGCAGAAAAGGCAAUCCGAUGUCUGUGGUGACCCCGUUGUGCCUUUUGUCAUCAAGCUGCGUCAACAUCUGGAGAGGGAGUUGAAUUCGAAGCCCUCAGAGGUCAUUUUCUGGCCCCACAAGGAUAUUCCAAAUCUUGUUCUUCGCGUCACCCACGAUCGAUUGUGGGCCUGGGCCCAUGUACUUCUUGCAAAGUUGCAAGGCAGUGUAACCGAGGCUAACCGCCAUGUUGACCUCAACAUCCCACCCACAUGUUCAACUUUCAAGUGGGAGAAACGACCCGGAAUCACUCCUCUGAAGCGUGGUGGGGCUCCGGUGUGGUGUGCUGUGCCUGUUCCAAUGCCAAAAGCAUACAGCAGAGGUGUUGGGAUAGCAUAG